AUGGGGCACGGCAACAUCAAAUUUCCUCUAUAUGUCAAAGCUUUCGCCUCGUUCAGUAGUUGCAUCUGUAGUUUGUGUUCAUUUCUCUGUUCGUCGUCAGCCACGGCAGAAAUUGUUUCGUCUGAGUUCGGUUGUUCCGGAGUCCGCCCGACUCCUGAGGACGAUAACAACAACAACAACCACCACCUUAAGGAGGACAAGGGCCAGUUCGAGAUGACCUUUUCGGCCUCUCGGCAUAGUCACGAGUCAUCGGCAUCAACGGCAAUGGCUAGCAGUCCGGCACCGAUAGCUACUCCAGGAGGGACUUUAUCACGAGCCAGCUGUGAGAGCUCGCUCGACGAAGAACUCCCAAUCGAUCUGACGCACCUAACUCUGGAGGAACAGCGACACAUUCUCGCUGUGAUGGCCAGAGACGAGGCGCUCAGAAAGAUGCAGGAGCGUCGAAUCCUCCACCUCAAAGCGGAGCUGCAGAGGCUUCGUAAGAGGGGAGCUCUCAGACCAGGUCUGGAUCCCGAACGAACAUGUGCUCGCUGUCUAUCAUCGCUCGGCCGAGUUUUGAAUCGAGGAGCCCAAUGCCCAAUCUGUCGGAAGAAAGUCUGCAAGGACUGUAGACUGUACGAGAACGGUGUCGAGUCCUCAUCUACUCAUUGGAUCUGUGUGUUGUGCCAGAAGCAAUUAGAGUUGAAGGCGUCUAGCGGACAGUGGAUGCAGGACUCGACCACACCGUUCCAAGGCAACAUACGGCGACGCUCUCUCCAGGGUUCGCCCCCUGUUAUUGUUUCGCCCGUCUUUUCCGCGCCGAAUUCCAGUCCAGCGACACCGCAGCAUCCCUCACAUCUCCCGGCUGGAGCGACCGUACUGCCCUCGCCCGCCGUGGCUCUCCAUCAAGCGAAUCCAGAGUUUAUUCCUCGGAAAUAUCUCGCCGCACAGGCCUACUACAAACUUCAACAGCAGAGCAAUGGUUCUGCGGUGAGUGACGACCUUGUCGUGCCAUCCUCGUCCUCGUCCUCUUGCUGCGAUGUUCCGAGCGCCCCCUUGAAAUUCGGCCCGGGUUUCGACAGUCCCCAGCGAGCGGCUGCUCCCCCAUCCCGGAGCCAUUCGCCCUGCGCGACUCCUCGACGAAGUCCGGGACGUAGUUCAAGUGUUCAGAGCUCGAGCCCUUCGCCGUCGCCAUCGCCUUCGCUCAACGGUGUUCCUAUUCGCUGGGCGCCGAUCCGUUCCCCAAUUCACAAACGUCAAACUUCGUCAUUAUCGUCUUUGAGCUCAGAUGCCAGCGUGUGUCAGCAAGGUCCUUUGAGAGUCGACGAACGCGCCAUUGAUUGUGGAAGGCCCGUUAGUGACCCUCAAGGCAACCCGGAAAGUCCAGUGCCUUUGCCUCGUAGAGCUCGCAAGGAAGGUGAAGCCUCUCCGAACAACAAGCCUCCGAGGUCCAGUCCCGCACGCCCAAGCCAGCGUACUCGGGGAGUGAGAGCUCACUCGCCCAGGGGCACCGUACCACUGAACAAUAACAGCGUCUCUACACAGCCUUCGAAUCCCCUAUUGGGGAGUCCUGCUCACCAAGCCCGAUCGACAUCCCCCGCAAACUCGGAAGCCAGCAGCAAAAAUGAUGAGUCUGUGAUAUUUAGGAGGGUAACAAUCAAGAAGAAGCUUGAGCCUUCACCUCAGACGAACGAAACUCCAAGCAGGCGAUCUAAUCGGAGCGAAUACGAUGACUUUCCCGAAAAUCACGAUGGGCAAAUAAUCGCCCUGUGCCUGUCCCAAGCCCCCGAUUCCCUGAAAGUACCAUCCCUAAACAACCGCUAUCCGGAUCUGUUGACAUCCUCGAAUCUCGUGCAUUUUGAUGAGGAUCUCCGUAGCUCAACCUCCACCCUCAUCUCGGCCACCGACAUGGAGUCGAACUGUUCAGCCUCCCCGAUGAUCCGACGUCUGCAGGCUCAGAUCCGAGCCCGAGCGUCGUUCAGGAUGGCGUGCUCAGGCCCGCUGUCGUGCAGCUCAGAGGACGAUAGAGACGCGACGCUCACCAGAGAGGCGACACCCCCGCCGCAUCUCGCGGCGAGUACCGAAAAGAUCCUUCCCGAAGACUACCAAUUAGUGUUCAUCACAACUUCAGAGUCGUCUUCCGACCUCAGCGGCUCGGAUGAGACGGGGAACAAGAAACGUCGGAGGAAAAAGAAACGCAGCACUCUGAAAGUGAAGAGUCGUCUACAGGUGGGCUCUGGCGCUUGCUACAUCGAGGACUCGGACUGGGAGUUCACCUCGGACUCCGAUUAUAGAAUGGCGGCGUCCCUUUGUUCCCUGGACGAGAUCUCCGACGUCGAAGAGAACCUCAAGGAGAAAGUGAAAAUCAUCGAGAAAAAAUCCGCCUCCCUGGAAGAUCUGCCCAGUCUGUUCACGCGAACGGGCAGCGUCCGUCUCAAGCGGAAUAACAGCGUACGGAGAAGUAUGCGAAAAUCGAUGAGAUUAAAGAACAACCCGACACUGAUGAAGAAGAGGGUUGAGGAAAGCCUGGUUGCACGUGAGUGCCACAAGUGCGGAGGGGUGAAAUCAAGACCACCGAUGACCACCGGUGCCAAUGAUGGUCCCCACGUCCACAACCCCCACCUCUAUGCGGUGCCAGAUCUCAAGGAUCAGAAAGCAGCGAGCCACCGCAACCAGCACCAAACGCCGGCGGCAGCAACGGAUCUGGAUCUGGUGCGGCAAGUGUCUCCUCAAAUGGAACCGAAACAACUUUCUACGACGAGCCCGCAGCUUCCACGACAGGCCUUGGACGACAACGGAGAUGCGUCGGGUGAAAGGACUGACCACGCGAUGGCCCGGAGGUGCGCGGGUGGUGAACUUGCCGAUCGAGCUACGGCUAGCGCUAACGUAGACGUAGCGGCGACGACGACGACCAAGACAACAUCGGCGGCGUUACCAGUCACAGGCAAUCGACUUGGUGGGAACGCGUCGGCCGAGAACGUCCACCCACAGGCCCCGGGAGAGGCCGUGCUGGUCGACACGGUUGCCGUAGACUGUCCACCGACUGUCCCAGUACCCGAUAACGGACAAUCGGCGAACGGUACCGACUGCGAGAUCGCGGUGCUGGCUACGGAUGCGGCCAGUUUGCGCUCGGAACGACCAGAAGACAGCGUCGACCAGCAGGGCUUCCGCGCCUCUUCUGGAAAACCACUCCGGGAGGAGUUUUCCGACAACGAGCUCGUUGCCGGCGACGACGACAACAACGACGACGACAAAUCCGCCGUUGACGACGACGACGAGACGACGGCAUCAACGUCGGCGAUGGUUGUGGUGCGAGAAGGAGCGGGCGAGCACUCACCUGCAGGUACCGCUGCCGUUGCCGCCGCCGCCGUUUCAGGCUGUCUCACCCGCGCGCCUUGGACCGAUCCACGCUCACCAUUCAGUGUGGUAACUGACGACGGUCAGCUGCGUUUCGUGCCGGCCGGAUAUCUGUUCGACGCCUUUCACUUGGAUACGACUUGUGCAGUGAAUUCGAAGGAUUACGGUUUUCAAAAUAGUGUUCAGUGUUCAGACGUCGAGGAUCCUGGUGAGCAAGUGUCAGAGAGCUCGCCGACGUUCCUCGACCAGACUCCUCCGGUUCGACGGCAGUUCACGCAACCAGAAGAAGUUCCCCCGACCGCUUCGGCUGCGGUCUCUUCGCUGGAAAAAUAUUUCACCGAAGAACUUCUCAUCCCUCAACAGAGCUUCGACUGCUUCGAGGAAUAUGACAGCGACUACCAGGAGCCGCCGGUUCCCCCGGCUCAAGGUUAUCUGAUCGAAGAGGAGGACCUGAGCGACGUGUCGACGUCCUCGGAUGAUCUCUACGCGGUCCCCGUAGAGCAAACGGCCGUGGUCCCUCCCCCCACAAUGUAUGGCAAUCCCCAUGCGUUCUCGUUGCACACGAUUGUCGAGGACUCGUGCGAGGAGUCGGAACACUCGACACCGAACUCGCCCCAGGUGCAGAGACAGCAGUCCGACUUGGAGCAGUACUUCAGUUACGCUAUCGCGAACGCUUCCGAAGAAGACCAGAAACGAUGGUCGGUCGUCUCAGAGGAUCUCAGCGACACGGUCUCCGAGGCGAGCUACGUAUCGGAGGUCAUGGAGGAGGAUCCCUCCAUGAUGGCGAGCUCCAGACUCGAGAAGUACUUCACGAAUCUUGUCGGAGGCUGCUCGGACGCGUCGAGCUCGAAGAGCGAGCUCCUCGCCGAUGAGCCCGAGCCCAGUUUGCCGAGCGGUUUCGAAGAGGAAACCUUCAAUACAAUCAAACGUAACAAAAAAUCCAAGGCGGAAAUGGCUGUGUUCAAGGUCAAUAGCGGAGAGUUCAGACUCUCCGAGGCGACGAAAAACAACUCGCAAACUGCGAGCGCUGCUCUCGCAAGCCGCCGGUCGGAUCGUCCCGGAGAGGAAAACGAGGAAGAUCAGGUGGCCAAGAUGGACAUCGACGACGAAGACGACGACGACGGAGAUGAGGCGGACAUGGCGAAAGUGAUCGACGUCGUUGAAAAAACGCCUUCGCCACAGCAUCCCGACAACGAGAUCGAAACACUCCAGACACCGUUGAAAGCCAUCCGGCUCGCCGAGCAGCUCGAGAACAUCGCGAUCACCGGCAAGAUGAAGCACGAAGCCGACCACGUUGUCAAAAUGUCCGUCAAGGAACGGAUCAGCAAAAUGAACAGCAUGGUCGAACAGAAGAACGCCAUCAAUAAGCCCAAGGUGGUGACGGUAGCAGCAGUGGCGGCGGCGACGACGACGACAACAGCAACGUCGGCGGCCACGACCAAGAAAUCUAGUCCAGACACUGCGAAAAAGGUGUCGUUCAAAAAAGACGAGGAAAUUUCCAACGAUGAAGAGGUCGCCUACGUUGUCAAUCGGGUUAUAGCCCACAUCUCAGGUUCUCCCGACAUCGAUCGGCCUUCGGAGAAGAUCGAAACGCCUGCUUGGAAGGCUCUGCUCGAGAACCAAAUCGUUUCUCUCAUGCAAACCGUCUCGCCCUACAACGGCAGCACGAGCAGCACCGUUGCGUCCAGUAACAAUUCCGAUUACGGUAGCGAUACGCUGGAGUCGGAAGAAUACGCCAACGACGAUCGCACAAACACCACCAGUAAAACGAGUCCGAGCGAAAAAGACAUUCUCACGGACGAGACGCUUUUCAUCUGCAAGAAACUGAUGGCCUCUCUGAAACAGCUGAGCUCCAAGUCACCGUCGCCUCCUCUCGUCGACGAAUACGCCAAAGCUCAGGAGUACAUCCAGGAUCAGAUCGUCGCUCUGAUGCACACGGUGACCAGCUCGAGGAACGGAUCGCCCAUGCUGAAGGACCGGAAAAAAUCCCUCGGUUCCCCGAGUCUGUCCGAAAAGCGAAGCGAGUCCGGCAGCGAAACUGUUUCGGCGUCCAUCAGCAUUCCCUCGUACGAUAGCGACGAGACGACUGCGACCGAGCCUGUCAACAAUCAGGAGAUGGAGGACCUGUACAACUUGUUGUCGGACAAUGUUUCCCUGUCGAAGCUCUCCUGCUGCGACGACGAGACCGACCAUCGGGCCAUGGCGCUGCCCAAGAGCAAAACGCUGCCGGUGGCCUCGCCGCGUAAACUCCAGCCGAACACCGACGUCGUCAGUUCCCCUUCACCCGUUCAGAUUGUCCGAAUCUCACCCCCGUCGGCCAAGUACGACUCGACCUCGACCCUGACCACGAGCUCCGAUACGGAUUUCGCCGGUUCGGUGGAGACCGUGCUGGAAGUCAAAACCAAUAAUUCGCCCGAGCCUGAGCUCUCCGACAUGAGCCGGUCCGAGCCGUCGCUCUACAUUAAGGCGAGGAAGGUCGCCGUCGCGAGAAACGCCGAUCACCUAAGCAAUAAACUAGGGAAAAAUAAGGCCGUGGUCCGAGAGGACGAUCCGAGUCUGGCCAAAUCGGUUUCCGAACACAACUUGUUCGUGGCCGCCUCCUCCGAGGAGAGUUCUGUGAAUUCCGCCAAAUCCGUCGGCAGUAUCGUCGAGUCUCAGAGGUCGCGGGACACCGGUUACUACUCAUUCAAAAGUUCGGACGAGAGCGUUGAGCACGAUCUCACUCGGACACCGGAACCCUCCGCGGAACCGGUGCGUCCCGCUCGGAGUGCCAGAAAUACCGGAGGGAACCGUUCGUCGCCCCUGCCCCCGUCACCGGUUCAAUCGAUACAACAAACCACUUCGACUCCGAACAUUCACGAAACCUUUGCGAACGGGCGUUUCCUUACACUGCCAUUGAAACCGAAGCGGACAGAAGCCGCUCAAGGAGCUUCCUCGAUGACGCUCAAACCCAGCAAGGAGAAGCACUUCUCUUCGACGUUCUUCUCAACAUCGGGAGUCCUUAGGAAGCUCACCCUCAAGGCGGAUGAUUCUCAUAGCUCUCCACUACGGUCUGCCCGGUUCAGGGGGGCUCGUAAGGGUCCGCCGGGAGCCGUGGGGUCCGACGCAGAGUCUGGAGCGUCUACGGACAAUCUUCAUCAGAUGGGAGUAUUCUCCAAGAGUCAGACGAGCCUCUCGACGUUGGGGAAUCUUAGCAUCAGCCAUCCGGGUGGACGAUCAGAGAGCAUGACUUCGGUGUACUCUGCCGCCGGCGGAGGGCGCUACGGAACUGUUGAUAUAACCGGCGAGGUCAACUUCGGUCUAUCUUACGACCUCAAACAGGGAAUGCUCAAUGUGCAGGUCAAAGAAUGCAAGAAUCUUGCUGCCGUUGACGAGAAAAGAAAUCGCUCAGAUCCUUACGUUAAGGUUUAUUUAUUGCCCGACCGGAGUAAAGCGGGGAAACGCAAAACGAAGGUCCGAAAGCACACCUUGAACCCGGUUUUCAACGAGACUUUGCGAUUUUCUGUCGAGAGAUCGGAACUCACCUCACGCACCCUGUGGCUUUCCGUUUGGCACAGUGACAUGUUCGGUCGCAACGAUUUCCUUGGAGAAGUCAUGAAGGACUUAUCCAGCGACAUGUUGGAAACGAAUACGACGCACUGGUAUCCUCUACAGGAAAGGGUUAGUUACGACAUGAAUAUUCUCGGUUUGCCGAUGGACCCUCUAGACGGAAGCUCGAACCUUACAUACAAAGGAGACCUUAUGCUUUCACUAAAAUUUGCGCCACACGACCACCGGCCUGGGAAGGGCUCCCUUCACGUAAUUGUCAAGGAAGCCUCGAAUCUUCAGGCGACGAGAUCGAACGGAACCUCGGAUCCAUUUUGCAAAUGCUAUCUGCUUCCGGACCGACACAAGAGCGGCAAGCAGAAGACCGCGGUUGUUCGACGUUCGGUGUCUCCCGUCUGGAACCAUCCAUUCUUGUACCACGACGUAUCGGUGGAGGAGCUUCAAGAACGUUGUUUGGAGCUCACCGUUUGGGACUACGAUAAAAUCACUUCGAACGAUUUUCUUGGUGGUGUCCGACUCAGUCUAGGAACGGGCCGCUAUCAGGGAAUCACUGUCGACUGGAUGGAUUCGCAGGGUGAAGAGAUCUGGCUCUGGCGGCAGAUGUUAGAGAAACCAAAUCAGUGGAUCGAUGGCUGUCUACAUCUUCGCUCGUCGAUGAACUAAUUAUCGUUGCCUGAUCAAGUCCAUAGUAUACAACAGCGGACGGAGUGCUCCUGGUGA